AUGAAAGAUAGUUUCACAUUGCGUUUUAAAACUGUCGAAAAAGUUAGUGAUGGAAGGAAGAGACCUAAAGCCACUGAGUACAGGAAAAAGGCCAAAAUAAAAAAAGAUGAACAAGAACAUGCAUUUCAGAAGGCCAGGAAAAUAGAAGCUUUUUUUAAAAGUGAAAACAGCAGCGAGAGUUCACGUAUUGCACAAGAGAACUCGAGGACUAGUAGUAAUAAGGAAAAUAAAUAUGAACAAGGUCCUAUUCCGAUUGAGGUGAAGAGUCUGUACCAUCGUAAUCAGUCAGAUCAAUCGUGUUCAGUAAAACCUGCUUAUCCUCCUGAUUCUGACACCGAAAGACCUUCAACAAGUGGCAGUAAUACAAAGUUAGACAGGGAAGAAAUGGCUAUUGUCGCGACGUUUUUUGAAAUUGAAACAACCAUAAAACUAAAUACAGAUCCAGCCUUAUGA